AUGAAGCAGACUUUGCUCACCUGUGGUAACAGGGACAAAUUCUGACAGUGUGACAUUCUUCUUGAAAGUGCUUGGCAAUUUCUCCUUAACUUCUCUCCUACUCUUUCUCAAAACUCAAAAGGAAAGAACGAGUUUUCACAUGCAACUUAGAGUUUGCUGUAGUUGCUACUGACUCUGCUUGCUGCAGUGGCAAACUCUCUUAGAAGACAAGCAAAAAGGGAAACAUAAACAUUCCUUUGGAAUGUUGUCAAUGUCCCUGGACAUAUCUUUCUCGGGAUUGCUCAACUGUGUGCUCACUUAUUUAACUGAAAGCGUUGUGUCAGUUCUUUUAGAACUGAUGGACCAAGAUCGAGCUUCCAACAGGUUUGAAACCCAAACUUUAGAUUAUAUGCAACUUCUACAAGAAAUUCUACCUAGGAAGAAGAAAGAAUUUGCUUCAUUUGAGAUGGAAUUAGAUUCCUCAGGAAAGAAGGUUUUAGAGUUCAAGAAUUUCAAGGCAGCAAGCAGUACUAUGCAUACGACAACAAGCAAUCAGUCAAGAUUAAAGGUUGAUUUCUCAGUAGAUUCUAUUGUGAAACAAGAAAACUUGUUUUACAAGUUUAGGAAUGAAGAAGCUUCGAGUUCAAAAGAGGUAGUGAAAAAAUCUGGAGUGAUAAUAAGUCAAAAUGAGGCUCGCAUUAGUUUUUGUAAAGGUAAGGUGGCUUUGCAGGCUAGCGAAGCUGAAGAACUGAAUACACGAUUGAAGAUCCUUGAAGAAGAAUAUGAAAUUUUGAAGCAAGCAUUCCUAGAGACAGUGGUGGAAAGGAAAGAAUUAGUUAAUGAAAUAUAUCAGCUGUUUCAGACACUGCGCAACAGCCUCCACCGUAAAGAUCAGGAAGAUGGACACAGAACCAGCCAUGGAUCUUUGAUCAUCAAACCUUUCAAGGUUUUGCAUUUUGAUCCUUUGUUUAAUUUUUGCCUUUAGUAUUAUAUAUGUGUUUGGAAACAAAAAAUGGGUUUGGAAACAAAAAAUGGGUUUGGAUACAGAAUAAAAUUUCAUCACUGUUUUC